AUGCUGGAGGAUCCGUCCUACGCGGAGAUUGUACGGUGGGGUGAUGAAGGGGACAGUUUUGUCGUCUUGGAGUGCGAGAAAUUUACGAAAACCAUCCUUCCUAAGCAUUUCAAACAUAGCAACUUUGCCAGCUUUGUACGACAAUUAAACAAGUACGACUUUCACAAAGUGAGACAAAAUAAUGAAGAGAAUGGUCAAUCACCGUACGGCCAGAAUGGUUGUCUGACCAGGAAUCUAGGCAUGGGAAUUCAAGCACCCCGAAUUCCGGGCGAACAGCAAAGAAUCACUCGACAAUAUUCGACGGAAGGCGCCUGCCCCUCGAAAACAGACCCAGAACAACGAAGAUUCCGUUCCAACGCAACAGAUCGAUCUCCUGAACCAGCAAAUAGUGGCGCAGCAACAACAAAUUCAGCAUCUCUCUGA